CACAUUGUCGCUUAAAGAUGACGUCAACCAACCAUUAAGGAACUGUCUGGCUAGAUUUUUCAGUUGUAUGAUACAAUAACAAAUUCCUACACAACUAAAAUAAAGACACGAUACCAACAACAGCCAUGUCUGUGAAUUAUGCUGCUGGCCUUUCACCGUACGCAGACAAAGGGAUUUGUGGACUUCCCGAGGUGUUUGACAGCCCUGAGGAGCUGAAGGCGAAAGUGGAGACACUCGCCCAGUUGAUAAAAGAAUCUCAAUACUUGGUUGUCCACUCUGGAGCAGGAAUCAGCACCUCAACAGGCAUCCCUGACUUCAGGGGUCCAAAAGGUGUGUGGACGUUAGAAGAAAAGGGGGAGUCACCUCACUUUGACACCACGUUUGAAGAUGCCCGACCCAGCGUGACUCACAUGGCUCUUCUGGGACUGCAGAGGGCCGGCUGCCUCAAGUAUCUAAUCAGCCAGAAUGUGGACGGCCUACAUGUGCGAUCAGGCUUCCCCAGGGAUGUGUUAUCAGAGCUCCAUGGAAACAUGUUUGUGGAAGAGUGUGAAAAGUGUGGCAGGCAGUAUGUCAGAGAAAAAGCCAUCGGUGUGAUGGGACUGAAACCGACGGGGCGUCACUGCGACGUGGUGCGAUCCAGGGGACUCCGAGCCUGCAGAGGAAAGCUGAUCAGCACUAUACUGGACUGGGAGGAUGCUCUUCCCGACAAAGACCUGAACAGAGCGGAGGAGGCCAGCCGACGGGCCGACCUGGCGCUGACGCUCGGCACCUCCCUGCAGAUCAAACCCAGUGGAGACCUUCCACUCCUCACCAAGCGCAAGGGAGGGAAACUCGCCAUCGUCAACCUGCAGCCCACGAAACACGACAAGCACGCGCACCUGCGUAUCCAUAGUUACGUGGACGAUGUCAUGAAACAGCUGAUGGAGCUGCUGGGAUUAGACAUCCCGAAGUGGGAGGGACCGACGCUCUGCGAGACCUCCAAAGCCACCGCCACCGACGUCACACCGCCGCGUGCCGUUCCAGAGAAGAAGGUGAAAAGCGAGCCGACAAAGGAAGGCAGGAAAAGAGACACGACGGCACUAACGGACGACGGGGGCGUCAAGGAGGAGACGGGCUCGGUGAAGAGGGAGAGAGCGGACUCCCCAGUCGAGUUGAAAGAAGAGAAAUAACCUCAGGUCGAACUACAGGACACAAACCCGUCCAAAGAUAGGCUUCACAGCAAAAGGGUCCAGGUUUGAUCAGUUUGCGAGUACAAAGGUUGUUUUCAUAAGACUCUCAUAAGACUCUGGUUACCACAGUGGUUCUGUCUUCUCACAACCUCCAUCCAGCCACCGAGCACGGGGACAUGAAACAUAUCAUAGAUGACCACCCCAUGAAGUUAACUACGUGACCAAUGGGAUGACUUCUCAUUAGGUGGAUGUUUGAGUGGAGUUUUAUUUUGAAUUUUAGUUGAAAAACAAGUCUUAAAGGUGAAUGUGCCAAUACACAGGCAAACCAGGGGCUUUAUUCGAUCCAGUCUUUAACUGACGAGACAUCAGGAUGAGAUCUGGAGCACACAGUUAGAAAUACAAAAGGUGUGUAUGGUUGUUGUGUUUGUAUUUAUAACCAUGCACUCCAGAUCCCAUCCCUACAGAUCCAGAUGUUAAAUACACCAUCAAUACUUCAAAAAAGAAAAGCCAAUAAGUUAGCAUCCACGUCGGAUUGAUUAUUAGUCUCAUACAGCUGUAAGACACACAUGUCCUUGCUCAUUUUGUGAAUGAAUUCCUUCCUCUGGCACGAUUUGUAAAUCCAACUGCUUGUUUUGUACAUGAAUGGAUCACCUGCUGCUAUGAACGGACCAUAAUCACAUUUUACGUUUUACGAACGUUUUUUUAUAUCAAGAAAAGUAAAAUAUUGUAUUCUGAGGAAAGUUUUUUUACAUAUAUAUGAUUUUUGGCAAUAAACACAAAAAGUUCCUGGUUA